AUGCAUAUCAUCAACCUUUUGCCCGAGAAGGUGGACGUAGCCUGGCUAUACAGGGUCACUCCGAGGUGGUGUGUCCUCCACUAUAUCAUGCAAUUGACCAGUGUUCUCCUGAUUGCGGUAUUCAAUCAAGAUCUGCUGAAUCCCCGUCUUACUAUCGGCAUCGGCAAGAAGGUCGAAAAGGCUAUCCAGUGGAUAGGAUUCCUCUUCGCGGCGGGCUUGGCUUUUUUGCAGGAAUCUUCUCUCUCGGCACGGGUUGAGGUUGAUCUCGGGCUCCAGGAACCCUAG